AUGGACAAGAUGAACAUAGUCAAAGAAAUGGAAUUGGCACAGGAGAAGGAGAUUGAAGUCUCCAUUCCUCCUCAUCAAAAACUCCAACUGGAGCAAGAGCUCCCUCGUUUACCCUGUAUCCAGUCAUGGUUGACUUUAUGGCAUAUGUCUUCAUUUCCGCAUCCAAGAAGUGACAAAUGCCUAACAACCGAUGAGGGGCUAAGGAAUGGCAACCUCUGUGAGCUACCUCCGGACCCUGGGAAGAGUCCCGGACCAUGGAAGCGAUCAAAGGAAGACGGUAAUCAACCACUGUCCUUUUGUGAUGUUCUCAUGCAAGUACAGCACAAGGGCUCAUGCUAUCUUGAGAUCUCGGAACCGGAGUCUGAAAGCUUUGAAUCAGACGAGUGGGAAGAAGAUGAGCAGCAGAUCCAUAACCAGGGCCCUUCGAAUUGUCCCCCUGUGAUCAACAUGAAUGGGGAAACUAAAAGGAGAAUUUCUCAAUGA